CGGGGUGUUGUGUGGUGGGGCGGGACUUCCGGCGGGGCGGCCAUGCGGGUACGGGUGCGGAGCUGGCACGGCGUCGCUUCCUGGCUGUGGGUGGCCAACGAUGAAAACUGCGGGAUCUGCCGGAUGGCCUUUAACGGCUGCUGCCCCGACUGUAAAGUGCCCGGUGACGACUGCCCGCUGGUGUGGGGGCAGUGCUCGCACUGCUUCCACAUGCACUGCAUCCUCAAGUGGCUGAACUCGCAGCAGGUGCAGCAGCACUGCCCCAUGUGCCGCCAGGAGUGGAAGUUCAAGGAGUGACCGCCGCCCCCCGCCGUUACAGCGGCCGCCGGCGCUGUGCAUGACAGAUGUGGCCCAAGCCGUGGAGCUGCCAGGUGUCACAUGGAGCUCCAGGCGCUUUCCAGUGCAGGGCGGAUGUGACCAUGUCCUUGGACACCGUGGAGUGUGCGGAAGCCUGAGCCGGCACUGGUGGCUCUGUGGUGACAGUAAACAUCCUUGGGCUGGC